AUGAAAAUAUUGUCCAAAACACCGCCUAAAACUAAGAGUAUCGGGAUCGACGAUCAUGGGAUUACAGGAGAAAUCCCCCUGCACUGGGCAGCUCGAAAUGGACAUGCAAACGUGGUCGCCUUGUUGGCUAAUGAGCGAGUGGACAUCAAUGCUUUGAAUAAGACUGGUGAAUCAGCCCUCCUCAUCGCGUCCAGAUACGGUCACGUUGAUGUUGUUCAAGCUUUGCUGGAACGAGGAGCCAGUGCUACCAUUCAAGAUCAGCAAGUACACUUGACGCCUCGUCAACUGCGUCACCUCGUUGACUUCUGGCCCUGCUCCCCUGAGGACGUGAGAUCGAUACUGCAAAACACCAACACCACCACCGCUGUCGCCAUCGCGUAUCCAUGGUCAAUUAUCCGCUUCUGUAGAGCCGAGCUGCAGUCCCGCCUUCCACCCCGCGGCUCCGCCUCUCCC